CUCCAUUUUUCUGCUUCCUGCGCGCGACUUUUGAAAAAGCCACGUGGUUUCAUAAGCGCCGCCUGAUGGACUGAGCGGCUCAUCCAAUCACAGUCAAGGGACGCUGCAGACAUCUUUACAUGCAUGCUGCAUAAGAGCAGCUUUCUCUGCUUCUCCCCACCAUUGUGUUGGAAACUCUGAGAGACAACAUGCCUGAACCCGCCAAGUCUGCGCCCAAGAAGGGCUCCAAGAAAGCGGUGACCAAGACCGCCGGCAAAGGAGGCAAGAAGAAGAGAAAGACCAGGAAGGAGAGCUACGCCAUCUACGUGUACAAGGUGCUGAAGCAGGUCCAUCCCGACACGGGCAUCUCCUCCAAGGCCAUGAGCAUCAUGAACUCGUUCGUCAACGAUAUCUUUGAGCGCAUCGCCUCCGAGGCGUCGCGUCUGGCUCACUACAACAAGCGCUCCACCAUCACCUCCAGGGAGAUCCAGACCGCUGUGCGCCUCCUGCUGCCCGGUGAGCUGGCCAAGCACGCCGUGUCUGAGGGCACCAAGGCCGUCACCAAGUACACCAGCUCCAAGUAGACGUCUCCUGAUCUCACUCAAACCCAAAGGCUCUUUUAAGAGCCACCCACUCCAUCUGAAGGGCUCUGUUAUUCCUCACUACCACCGU